GGGAGCCAGCAGCGAGUGCAGGAUGGGGAAAGGAGGCAAGACACGCGGUUGUCAUAUUCGCUUUCUAACCCUGGGGGCACACUGGAUAUUCUCCUGUGAAAUCCAGAGGGAAAUGUAAAACAGGAUUUACUGGUUCCGCGCGCUGCCUGCCCAGCUACACUACAGCCUGGAGAAGCUGCUGGGACGCACACGGCUCAGCUCCUCGGAUCCCACCACAGAUGCCAGCGCAAGCAUUCUGCUUUUUAAUCGAUAUAUCGGUCAGAUAUAUCAGUUUUUUGUUGCAGGUUAAGGGUUGAUGUAAGACAUGGCUGUGGUUCUGUCCAUGAACAGAUUCUGUAGCUCCAUUGCUUCUGAAGGUACCACUCCUGAAUAUCAGAGUAUCUGGGAAUCUGAGCUUCAGACCAAGGGGAGCACCACUCAUGCCCAGCGGCCGGAGCUCAGGUUAUGUGGCCCUCCUGCAGAACCAAAUUACAGGGGGAUUUCAAAUCCAGUAACAACAACAUCCAAGAUCACAUACUUUAAAAGGAAAUAUAUAGAGGAAGAGGAAUUUCAUCCACCACUUAGCAACUGUAGUCAUAAAAAUAUUUCCAUCUUUGAGGAGCGAGCCCAUGUACUGUACAUGUCAUUGGAAAAACUGAAAUUCAUUGACGACCCUGAGGUGUUCCUGAGAAGAUCCGUCCUUAUUAAUAACCUGAUGAAAAGAAUCCAUGGCGAGAUUUUAUUACAGAAUAAUUGGUGCUUUUCAGCUUGUUCACUAGCUGGACCUUCUGCACAAGAGUGGUUUGUGCAUCAAGAUUGUCCUUACAGGAAACGUUUAAGGGUAUCAAAGGAAGAGAACGACAAUCUGCAGACUUGCUGUUUUUACCAAGAAUGCGGUAGCCAUUAUCUAAAUAUCCCCUUCUCCGUUAGCGCAAAUGGAAUAAAUGCCUCACCUUCCUGUUCUUCAAAUAGUGCUCCGCCUUUGCCGGGUUGUUCUCACCAAGUUGAUCAUGGCGAAGGCGAUGCAAAAUUUUACAGAAACAGCAUCCAGGUGCCUUUAUGUAGGGGGACUGGGACUAAUACCAGGGUGCAAGGAAAUCCCCAUAAAUAUAACUUAAAUGACGGUAAUGCAUCAGAUGAAAAGAGAGAAUCAUUAGGCCUUAACUGCGAUGCAACAAACGUAGGCAGUGUACUUGAACGCAAAGGCCGAUUCUAUGAUUUUUUGGCACCAGGCGGUAGUGAAAAAAGUAGUGUAAGUGAACCAUGGAAAAAAUCUUUGAGAAAAAAGGAAUUUUCUCCAGGUAAUAAACUUUGCUGUAGCAGAGGAAGAAAAAUGUAAUUUUUUUUUUAAAAAAAAUUGUGUUAUUUCUCUUAAGUAAGGUUACAUAUGGCAUGUAGUGCAAAAAAUAUUUUUUUGUAGCUUUCUAUGGUGUUUUUUUCUUUUUCUUUGUGUGUAAAGGAGCUAUUUGGAAAAAAAAUGAUUCUGCACAGAGGAAUGGUACAUUAAUUGUUAUUGUUGUUAGUAAUGCCAAAAAAGUAAACAGUGGUUUUCUAGGGCUAAUUUUACUAUCCAAUAUUUUUAUGUAUAUACCUCAAAAGAGGAGUGUCUGACCAGGCUUGAUGUCAAUGCACUACUCAUGUUAUGGUUACUCGGACCAUUCUUAAUUUUUAGCAUGUUAUAAACAAACAUUUUCAUUUUCA